AUGGGCAAGUACAACCAUUUGGUCAGGUACUACGAAGACCUCGGGUUCAAGCAGCUGGAAGGGUCGAAGGUGCACUACGAGCACCACUGCGACCAAGUCUACCGCAAGAUACCGAUGAUUCGGCAAGUGUCGGCGCGGGCCCAGCCCCGUUCUCGCCGCUCCCCUCGCCUCGUGGACAACGGCGGCUGGUUCUUGGUGGUGAGGCUGCAGACCAAGGCGGGCAGUUUCGUGCGCUCCACCGCCGACGGGGACGUCGUCUCUCCUGGGGCACUUAACAACGCCUCCGCCACCGCCAGCACCACCGCCGCCGCCCACGCCGCUGAUGUUGACACAGAAGAAGAUUGUGAGAAUGCGGGGGAUUGUUGCAUGGGGCAUGCUAGGAGCAGUUCUGGUAGCGGGGCUGAGUCUACUUGUGGUGCGUUGGCGGCGGCGGCGGCGGCGGGCGCACGAGCGUCAUUAGCGACAGGAGAAGCUGCCACAGGUUGGGGCUCCUGUGGUGGCGGUGACGGUUGUGCUGCACCCGCUGGGAGAGGUUUGGCAGCCACCGCAGCAGCACCAACCAUUGCUGGUGGCGUCGUCGAAGAAUGGAGCGCCGGCGAGGGGGACAGGAAAUGCGGCGGUAGCAGUAGCGGCGGUAGUGGUGGCUUUGGCACCAACUCUCCGGGGGGCGGAGGAGCGGCCGCAAUUGGGUGCGGCGCAGGCGGAGGUGGCGACGCAGGGGGCGGGGGCGGGGGCGUCUCGCAAGGACAAGGAAGCAGAUACAGGGGGGGGGGAGGUGCUGCAGCAGCAGUGACUGGGAGAAGCGGAAGCGGGGGGCGUCGAGGUCAAAAGGACGAUAGUGACAGCAUCGGAGGAGGGGGAGGUAAGAGCAAGGGUCGGCGAGGCAGGGGCACGGACCACCUGUGGACGCUGAUGGUGCAUGAGGUCCGCGGGAUCGUCUGCUUCGAGAGCGCCUACGGGAAGUACCUCUGCGUGGAGCCCGACGGCAAGGUGGUGGCCGACCGGUCGUGGGACAACUCGUGGGAGCAGUUCAGGCUGGAGAGGUUCGCCGACGUGCCCGCCGCCCCUGACGAUGGACAUGGCCCACCUGGAGCACCCGACGAGGGGACAUCGUCGGCAGCAUCAUCGACAUGUGGAAGCGGACGUGGCGGUAGCGGUGUCUUGGGGGCUUCCCUUGGGCGUGAGGGAUUCAGAGAAGGAGGAGAGCAAGGCUCUGGCAUUGAGAGUAGAGCAGAAGGAGUUGAGGGGGGCCAACGGACAGGAGCUUCUGUGCCGCAGGUGCCUUCUUCCGGGGUGGCCACCAGCGGGGUACGUGGCGGGGUGUCUCCACCUCCCGGCGGCCGCGGCAGCGACGGCGGAGGGGUGUCCAAGACAAAGCAUCGGUUUGCCCUGCGAACGUACCACGGGCAGUACUUGAGCAUCGACGCGGACUUCGGAACGGUCUCGGCCUCAGCGCAACCGGUGCUGUGGACCACAGACGAGAAGAACGCCAUAUGUCAAUGCGAGGGGGCCGUUCCAUGGGCAGCCCCCCCUCCGGCGUCGAGGCGACAGCUAGCCCUGCAGGCACACUGGCGGAGCAUGCGGCAGGUCCAGAGCGUAUCCUUCGUUACCGCUGUUCGGGACAAGUACAUGAGCUCCUUCGGCAGGCGGGGAACAUUCUCGAUCAAGGAUGCUCUGGAUCUACUCGACCGGCACCACGAUCCCCUGCAGUCGGGGAGUGUGUCGAAGCUCAGCUUGGCGGGGCUGAUGGUACUCACAGCCGAGGACAUCCGGGAAGAAGGGCUUCCCGAUUGGAUGCAGAUUUCCGACCCUUGGGGCUGA